AUGAACAGACCCAGGCCAGGAAGCAUCAACACUGAACCAACAGAGAAUAUAUGGAAGAAAUGUGCUGAAGAAUUUGAAAAUAGAUGGGGAUUUCCCAAUUGCAUUGGCAGCGUGGACGGUAAACAUGUAACAAUCAAGAGACCUAACAACAGUGGCUCCAAUUACUGGUGCUAUUCACAUAAAUAUUCAAUAGUACUUAUGGCCAUUGUUGGCCCGGACUAUAAAUUUAUAUGUGUUGAUAUUGGUGGUUUCGGAAAAAAUGGUGAUGGGGGUAUUUUCGAAACCUCAAACAUGGGAAAACGAUUUGAACAAAAUUUAAUGAGUGUCCCUGCACCUAGAUUUCUCCCUGGGCAAAAUGAAAUCUGCACGUACGUCUUAAUUGGUGAUGAAGCAUUUGCUUCAAAACCAUACCUUAUGAGACCAUUUCCUUAUAAGCAGACUUUAACAGACGUCAGAAAAGAGAAAUACAAUCAUUUUAAUGAGCAUGAGUUCUACAGUGACCUACAAAAGCUCCCUCUGAUAGAUAUUUGCUAUGCUUCUGACAUCGAUGAAAAAAUGCGUUUGUUCAACAACAUGAUCCUUCAACUGUUUGACAAACACAUGCCUUUUAAAACAUCCAAAAUUAGCAAAAAUGAGGCACUUUGGCUUAGCAAUAACAUAAGGAAACUAAUGAGAGAUAGAGACAAAGCUAGGUCAAAAUUCCGGAAGAAUCCUGCGCAGAAUGGUGUGGCUUACAAACAGCUCAAAAACAAAACUAAUCAUACCAUAUUACAAGAAAAAAAGAAAUAUUUCUCACAAUUGGCUCAGAAUAGAUACAGUAAAGCACUAUGGAAAGAACUAAGAUCAUUAGAUAUAAAAUCAAAUAAUCCUGGUAUACCAUCACAGCUGCAAAGUGCUGAUAAUAUCAACGACUUCUUCUUAGACAAUAUUCCUCAACAAAUCAAUAGUAAUGAGGACUUGUAUAGUUCAUGUGCUUAUAUGGUGCCGUUGUGGCAGGUUGCCCACAAAAAAAGCGUUGAUUACACUCCUGUGCUGAAGAAGAAACAAUCACCGAAGAAGCAUCUGGAAGUGCAGGACAAGUACUGAAAGCUACCACAAUGAAAGCCGGACCCAGUAAGGAGCCUUCUAAAAAAUAGGAAAACGAGGAUUAGUGGAAACCGAUGAAACACGAGAUUUAUCAAUAACAGAGCUCCAACGUCUCGUUUUACUUGAACAACUACAAGUGUUUCGGCUAGCUAAGGAACUGCUACUUCACAAGAAAAAUAUUAAUGAAUCUGAUCCAAAUUUAUCAACUUUAAAUGAAAGUGCAGAAACUGGAAAUCCAAUUUUCUUGAGCCUAUUUCCAGGACAGAACUGACAGAAAUACU